UGUGUGAAAUGGAUUCCUGGAACUCAGACUCAAGUUGCUCAAACUGGGGAAGACAAAAUGCUAAGAGUGUGGGAUACGAGGAACAUGCAACCUGCAUUUACAUUUCCUGCUCAGCAAUACUUUCAGACGUACUGUGAUUGCUCAAGAGAUGGACAAUUUAUUUUGACAAGUAGCAAUGGAUUCAAUGGAAAGGGUUGUGAAGCCACUCUUUGGGAUGUGAGAGCACAGCAAAUGAUCUGUUGGUACAUUGGCCACUACCAAACUACAUCAGCUUGCAUUUUUCUUCCUCCUUUGGAACACGGUUGGACUAAAGAUCUAAUUGCUACAGUUUCACACGAUUCAACAGUGAAAAUCUGGGAAAGAGAAGGAACAGAAUGUAUUACCACUCUUGACUGUGCUGGAGCCGGUCCAUUGACAGAUCUUUGCGCAUGGGAUGACAGUAUAUGCAUUUCCACAACAAAUAUGGGUGUGUUCCAGUGUGUGUUGGACUUUCAUGAAGGCAAACCACAGCUCAGGAAGAAAUGCCAAUUUUAGCUUUUUUCAACAAGUGUAAUGUAUACUGUAUAAUUUAAACUAAAACAACUAAAACUGGAAGUUUUAAGAUAGGAAUUUUUAAAAAUUUCCAAGACAAGUUUAAGUUGUCGUCAAGUAUGUACUUUUCCAUGUUAGUUUAUUUAUGAGUCAGGCUUGAACCUGACACCAUUCGAUUUUACUAUUUUAUUAACACUUUAUUUAGAAAUUGAUGCCUCUCUGUCAAAAGAUUGUAGAUUGCACCCAUCUUUUAAUUUUUUCAGAAUUUUGUAUUUAGAACUAUUAAAAUCUAUGGUAUAGUUAAAUGUAAAGCACCAUUUCAUAAUUUGCUAGUUGAAACUAAUUCACAACCUGAACAAUGGAUCAAUGUCCUAUCAUGAACCAUUUAAAUACCAUAUGUUUAAUUAAAAUUAAGAAAUGCAACAAUGAUGUUAUGAUCUGUUUUCUACUCUCUGGUUACUUGUAUAAUCCCUAUACAUUUUUCGUUCUUAUAAAAUGAACAAUGUAGGCCAGGGAAAACGGUAUUUCACAAGGGGGCA